GCAGCUGUAGCAGCAGCAAAAGCUACAACUGGUUCACCGCCGAGAGGAAGAAGGAGUGUGACUGGAGGGAGCUUGUCACUCCCUAGCACUAGCAUUAACCACAACCCCAGCAUCCAAAUAGGAAGGCAGAAGACAAAAACUGAAUGGUAUAGGUCAGACUUAUUUCCCUCAGACUUUCUUUCCUGGUUGAAAAAAAAAAAAUCUGAAAACAUGCCAGAGCAAAGUAAUGAUUACAGGGUGGUGGUGUUUGGAGCAGGAGGAGUUGGCAAAAGUUCACUGGUCCUGAGAUUUGUUAAAGGCACCUUCAGAGACAGUUACAUCCCUACAAUUGAAGACACUUACCGGCAGGUGAUCAGCUGCGAUAAGAGCAUAUGCACUUUGCAGAUUACCGACACAACAGGGAGUCAUCAAUUUCCUGCCAUGCAGCGCUUGUCUAUUUCCAAAGGACACGCAUUUAUUUUGGUCUAUUCGGUCACCAGCCGGCAGUCUUUGGAGGAACUCAAACCCAUUUAUGAGCAGAUAUGUCAGAUCAAAGGGGAUACAGAGAGCAUUCCAAUCAUGCUGGUGGGAAACAAGAAUGAUGAGGACCACAACCGAGAGGUGCAAACUGCUGAUGGAGAAGCCAUGGCCAAGAAAUGGAAGUGCGCCUUCAUGGAGACCUCAGCUAAAAUGAACCACAACGUCAAAGAGUUGUUCCAAGAGCUGCUGAAUUUGGAGAAACGUAGGACUGUGAGCUUACAAAUCGAUGGCAAGAAAAGCAAGCAGCAGAAAAGGAAAGAAAAACUGAAAGGCAAGUGUGUCGUCAUGUGAAAGGAUCCUUAUUCUGGAGCAGUCAUGCCAAUGUCGUCUUCUGACUGUACCAGAUUUCAUGCCCCUAAGCCAUGGGAAAAUUGGUGAAAACUGUUUUAUUAAUAGCAAUUUUGAAAGAAAAGUACUUGAAUCAAGCAGUUGUUUGAAGUAAAAGUACUUUCAAGAAGUUGUCUUUUCAUAAAUUAGCCAUUAACGAGAACAAUAAAUUGUUCCAAAGGCACAAAGGUGUCUAACUUCCAGAUCAGAAACAAUAACAUGUCCAUGUUCACUGGCAUUACUAUUACAAUGAAAGGAUCUGGUAAAUAACCAUUUAAAGAUAAAUGCUAGUGUUAUGUACAGAAUCAUGAAAGAUGCAUGUGGGUGUGUACACACAUCCAUACACACAUAUUUGGCAGACUUAAUUUUAUUUUAUUUAGGCAUUAGAAAAAUGACUUUCUUAGAUUGUAAUUUUUUUCCGCUUCUACUAUGUCUUGUUUUAUUCUCACUGAUUCCUUACCCUCCUAAGUAAUGUGUAGAAUAAUCUUCCCUCCUGUAGCCAGAAGAACUGCUGAAUGCAUGGGCAAAGCUCAAUAACCUUCAACUCUACUUUCAGAUAGUUCAGUUCAGUGACGGCAGUUCAACAUGGCUUGGAAAUUAUUAGAAAAUAGGAUACCUGGGAAAGGAAAUAUUUUUGAUCAAAGGGUAAAAGUAAACAAUGUUUCUAUAGUUCUUAACUUUCUGUAUAUUUAUUUUUACCAAAUGCCAAAUAAUACUAAUGAUGUUCUAUAAUCUGAAGAAUUUCUAAUUUAUAAACUUAUUGAGUGAAUUACAGUUAUAAUCCAUCAAUUGUGAAGAAUUAAAACAAUUAAUUUACUAUAGACUGAUUAAGAAUAUUUGUGCUGGGGAACAAUCAUAUGUUACCUGAAAGGCAGUGGUGUGAUUCUACCGCUUCAGACUGGUUCAGGUGAACCGGUAGCUCUGACGAUCAAUUGGGAGUGAACCGGUUGGCCCCGACGAUCAGCUGGGCCCACCCACCCGCCCAUGCUAUUUUCCUACCUUUAUCUCCUCAGCUGAUUCGUGUGGCAGAGCCAAUUGCUGCGCGAAUCAGCUGUGUUACUCCUCCAAAGAAACCCAGAAGUGAAGAUUUCUUCUAACUAUGCGUGCGUGCAAAGCACGCAAUUACCGAACCGGUUAUUAAACCGGGAGGAUUCCACCACUGCUGGACGGCAACCAAAGAGCAUACUUGUCUCUAUGGCAUAGAUAGGGAGGUCCAUACCUUUAUGCCAGAAGUGCACUGAUACAAAUUCAACUGAUGUAGAUAGAUGUGGAUGUUUUGUCUGUAAUAUUCAGCCUCAGGAAGAAAGUAAAAUGGUAACAUCCAAACAUUAGUUCCAAAAUCUGAUUGUUCCCCAGACACAUAAAUAAAACCACUGAGACUAUACAAGUCUGGAGCUGGUGUAGAUAAUAUUUUUAGCAGUAAUGGGAAGAAAUAAGAAGAAAUUGUUCUUCUCUAACCAUCCCCCUUAAAAUAGACAUGCCGUACAUCCCACUCUGGUUGAAGCAAACCACAGAAGUUGUGAAUAUGAGGUUGGCUCCACCAGGAAAUUUUAAGUGACCCGUGGAAUUAGGAAAUUUCAAAAACAAAAACAUUCUUAUUCCUCAAUAAAUCCUUUUCUGUGCACAGUAGAUAUCAAGGAGUGUCACUAAGGAAGAAAUGGAUUCAUCAUUCUCAUGAGUGGGUUGGCACCACUAUGUAGGACAAAGACACUACCAAAACACUUGGAUGUAGCCAUGCAAGAACUCAAAAAGUUGUUAUCAGGUUAUCAUUUUUCAUGUGAGAGAAGGGGGUAAAAAAAUUUAAGUAUAUAUUUUAUGAAAGGAGGAAUUGAAUUUAAAUGGAUCCUCCAAGGAAAUUGGAGGGAAGAUUAGAUAGGGAAAAAAACCCUCAUCUGCCUCCUCAUAGUAUUCUCAACAAAUGUAAGCUGAAGCUUCCUUUUAAAGAUGAAUCAUUUAGUUAUAUUUAGUACCAAAGAAUAAUAAUCUUAACUAUGUUUCAUAGUAAUCAAAUAUUAAUUUAAUUUUUCUUCCUUCCACAUUAUCCAUGCUAUUUUUUGAAGUGGUCUCUGGUUUGCCAUUCAGGCCAAAUAUAGUCCUAAAUUCAAAGAAAAAUGCACACCCCUUGGAGAAGAGUAUAAGAUUCUUUGAAUCUUAUUUGCAAACAGAUGUGGAUUCAAGUUAGCCUUGAUUAUCUUAAACAGACAACUGAAACCUCUGCAUUUAUAUUAUAGCACAUGAAUCAGAACAUUUCUCUCUUUUUUAAAGAGAAUAUAAGGAGAAUGGAGUCUUUUGAAGCAGUAUAUUGGUGUUUUAGCAAAUGCAUAUAUCAAAAGUGAGGCAAGACAGCAAAGUAUUCACAAAAAUAGGAUGUGUGUUUCACUGUGAACGUCACUGAAGAGGUGCUUUUAAUGCAUUGUCUGCUUUUAACUAGGUAUUGCUCAUGAUGAUGUUAAUUGUGUGAAUCCUUCCAUCUUAGCUGCCCCAAACAAAUUUCUGUUCUGCACAAAAACAAGAAUUUCAGGCAAGUAGGAACCUGCCAUAUGAAACCAUAGCUCAUUUCAAAUGGAACAUUUUUUUUUUCAUUUUCUGUAGAGGAGAAAUAAAAAUGGAUGAACCUAAGGUGAAGAUAGAUGUCCUUUAUAAAUGUUUGAUCUUGAUAGAACAAAUGUGUGUGGGGGGGAGUGAAGUGUUACAGCAACAACUUGCACCUUUAAACUACACAAAUUCAUUUGAACAAGAAAAUCUAUCUUCUGAUGUUCCAGUAAAGGAGGGGUGGGAGGGGAAUACUACUUUAAUAGUGCUCCUCUCAUAUGGUUAUUUGUUCCAGACUGAAAGCCGGAGAUGAUUAAUGGUGUUCUCUGAAAUGUGGUGGAAAUUAUUUUGACACCCAUUCAGUACAUUUUGAAGCAUUUGUUUUCAGGACAUCAAAGCCUGUUAAAACUUCCUCCACAUUUAGGAACUAUAAGAUGAAUCCAAUGGCUUCUUUUUUUGUCUGAGUCAGAAUCUUCAGGAGAAGGAAACCAAGAGCUGAGUUCAUGUAACACCCUUAGUCUAGUUAGUGAAAUCUAGCGGUCAAUUAGGAUUUUGUUGUAGCUUACCCUGAUGUGAGAACCCAUCCAAUUAAUUUAUUAAUUAACCCAUUAGGUUAAUUUAUGAUUUAAGGUAUGGUGUGAACCCAAAUAGAGCUAACAAUACUUAUGGUCUGGAUUCAUUGGACACAGUGCAGUGGUUUCACUCAACAAAUGCUUCCAAUUCAGUCUCUUUUUCCCCCCAAAGGAACCAUACAUCUUGCUUUCAAAUUUUCUUUAAAUUCUUUUGCAUCAGGCUUGUCAUUAGAAAGAAUCUCUUUAAAACCACAUAAAAGCAUAUGUAUAUUUUUAAAAUUUAUUUUCUCUUAAACAAGUUGAUUUUCAAACUAUCACAAAAUCCAACAGCAUUUAGUAGGUCAAUAAUUCCAUAUAGAACCACAUUAUUGGCUUCUUUUGUUUUCAAGCAUGCCUUCAUUAAAAAGGUUUUCACCCUUUCCAUUUGAGACUCCAUUAAGGAAAAUAAAAACUUCAGACUGAAAUACAUUUUGAAACAUAAUCUGGUAGCUGCUUCCUAAAAACGCGUGUUACAUUUAGAAACUACUUAUAAGCAAUGAAUACUUUGAAUUAGAAUUUCAAGACCAACCUAAACAUGAUGUAAGAAAAGACAGCUCUUGGUUCCUCUUUCCUUCAUACAUUCUGCCAACUUUAUUCCCAGGUCUAUUUUUCAUAACCUGCAGAAAUUAAAUAGAGCAACUCCGAUAUAUUUCUUUGGAAUCAUUUAGUACUUUAAGGCAUCCUUGAACAUUGAAGUCAUCCAAGAAAUGCAUUUCUCUGGCUUCCUGUAGCAAUAUUUGCUCCAACGACACCUAUUUAUCAGGGAUGCUUCCUAUUUUAUGGUAAUAAUUGUUGGCUAAUUAGUGUUCUUUGUAAUUUGGAGAGUAGUUUUCUAGCCACUUGCUGUACUUACUAUUCUUCAGGAUUUAUCAUCUUUCUGAAUUAACUCGGGGAACAUGGGAAAGGUGGCCGAGGCUGGACUUGAUCUGAGUCAUUUUUUGGCAGUUGUGUCACUGAAAAAGAGAUGCUUUAGUGAUGAUUAAAUUAAAUCCCAUUGUUUCAUGUAUGUGGUUCUGUAAAACUACAUACGGAUAUUAACCAUAGUUUAUUCUAAUGGCAAUGCAUGUGCAUGAAUAUAGAGGCACUAGGAAGCACAUAGCCUGCCAAUUCACAAACUCACAGAUGCUGAGGAAAACCAAACAUCUUUAGAUCUUCCGUUAGGGCAGGACAGGUUGUUUCUUUUUAAUCGAGCCAAAAGAGCUAUGAUUUUAACUCAAUUUAAUAUGAUCAGCCGCACACAAAAUAAAUAUCUCAAUAUCUCUCAGAAAUAUCUCAGAGCAUGUUUGUGUGAGAGAAAGGAGCCCCACUUGGAUGCUACAAAUAUGCUUUCAUCACUGUAAGGCUGGGAGAUAACUAAAAGCAGCCUUACGGAACAGCCUGUAACUCCCAGAAAAGCUAUUAAUAGAACUUUCCUUGUAAAUGCAUGACAUCCCUGUCAAAGAAGCUUGUACAAAUCCUUCUUAACUUCAUUCAGUCUAUAUUAUCUUUAAAAAAAGACAGUUCAUGUAUUUCCCAAAUCCUGUCUGUGAUGGCAAAGCUAAUCAUUUGUACCAAGGAGAAACUGAAACAACCAAUUUUAAACAUGUAAGUGUCCUAUUUAGAUACCAGAAAUUAGACGAUAUUUUAAAUAGUUAUGCAUAUUAGGUUCUGUCCAAUCAGUCAUCUCUUGGAGGUCGUUAUUUAAAUGGAAACAUACAAUUCUUCUGUUGCUUGUUGAUCCCAUUCUUGUAAUAAUAGAAUAAGCCAUGACUAUAUUUCAUAGCCUUGCAUUUGCUGAGGCAAGGCUACUAUACAAGCAAUAUUUAUUCUUCGACCAGUAAUUCUAAGGAAGGUAUGUUUUAUAUUAUACCCUUUUGUUGUAAUUUAUAAUAGAUUUUACAUAUAUGUGUGUUUAUCAAAAUACAUGUUCACUCUUACAAUGUAUAGUUUUGUGGGAGUUUUUUGAUAGAAGACAGAAAUUCUUAGGGAAUAAAUAGUUAUUUGGUUUGUUACAUACGUGGUUUAUUUUCAAGUGUGAUGCUAAUAAAUAUGAAAUGUUUGAAAAUCAAUAUUCACACACACACAAAAAUAACUUGUUUAAACUUGUCAAGGGAUGCCAGCAUCAUGAAAAUGUAAUAUGAAAAAGUAUGCUGUUCAAAAAGCAUGAAUUUUAUAUAAGUCUGCAAGCUAUUAAGAUGCAUAUUCAAGCGUAUUUAUUGUUAUAGUUUCAUUCAGUAAUAUUUUAUUCAAUAGCGUUUAUCAUGUACUUUGUGCCUCCAGGUUUCUAUGUUCCCUGUGAUAUUAUAUAAAUAAAGCAGAAAAAAAUAAACAUUUUAAAUGACAAAUUUUA